GAACUAGAUGCACACACAUAUCUAGCUGAGUGUGCACGGUCCUCCCUCGUCCCUCCCCUCGGCUGUCUCUGCCCACUCCUCCGCCAUGCACUGACCCAGACUCCGCUGCGCUUCAUCAUCCUCAUCGUCAUCGCGAACAAUAGAGCGAGCUGCAGGCCUGACCGCACGCGCGAUACAGCGAUGCUCAGCGGCGUCUGAAGCGCACGGAACACACGCGGCAUCGCUUCAGACUCGAGCACUCGGAGAAGAUGGCGAACGACUCUCCGGCGAAGAGCCUGGUGGACAUCGACCUCGCCUCUCUGCGGGACCCUGCUGGUAUUUUUGAGCUGGUGGAAGUGGUGGGCAAUGGCACCUACGGACAAGUGUACAAGGGUCGACAUGUCAAAACCGGGCAGCUGGCGGCCAUCAAAGUCAUGGACGUGACUGAAGAUGAAGAAGAGGAGAUUAAGCUGGAGAUUAACAUGCUGAAGAAAUACUCUCAUCACAGAAACAUCGCCACGUAUUACGGCGCCUUCAUCAAGAAGAGUCCUCCAGGACACGACGACCAGCUGUGGCUGGUGAUGGAGUUUUGUGGAGCCGGUUCGAUCACAGAUCUUGUGAAGAACACUAAAGGGAAUUCCCUGAAGGAAGAAUGGAUCGCAUACAUCUCCAGAGAAAUCCUCAGGGGUUUGGCUCACCUGCACGCUCAUCACGUCAUCCACAGAGACAUCAAGGGCCAGAACGUGCUUCUGACGGAGAACGCCGAGGUCAAGCUAGUGGACUUCGGCGUCAGCGCUCAGCUGGAUCGAACCGUGGGCCGCAGGAACACUUUCAUAGGGACGCCGUACUGGAUGGCUCCCGAGGUCAUCGCCUGCGACGAGAACCCAGACGCCACGUACGACUACAGGAGCGACCUGUGGUCCUGUGGGAUCACUGCCAUAGAGAUGGCCGAGGGCGCUCCUCCAUUGUGCGAUAUGCAUCCCAUGCGAGCGCUCUUUCUCAUACCCAGAAAUCCUCCGCCCAGACUCAAGUCCAAGAAAUGGUCUAAGAAGUUCUUCAGCUUCAUCGAGGGCUGUCUGGUGAAGAACUACACGCAGCGGCCGCCCACCGAUCAGCUGCUGAAGCACCCCUUCAUCAGAGACCAGCCCAACGAGCGGCAGGUGCGCAUCCAGCUCAAAGACCACCUGGACCGCUGCCGCAAAAAGCGUGGAGAGAGAGACGAGACCGAGUACGAGUACAGCGGCAGCGAGGAAGAGGAGGAGGAGGCUCAGGAGCAGGAGGGAGAGCCCAGCUCUAUCGUGAACGUGCCGGGCGAGUCGACUCUGCGGCGGGACUUCAUCCGUCUGCAGCAGGAGAAUAAGGAGCGCUCGGAGGCCCUGAGACGCCAGCAGCUCCUUCAGGAGCAGCAGCUCCGUGAGCAGGAGGAGUACAAGCGGCAGCUACUGGCCGAGCGACAGAAGCGCAUCGAGCAGCAGAAGGAGCAGAGGAGGCGUCUGGAGGAGCAACAGAGACGCGAGCGCGAGAUGAGGAGGCAGCAGGAGCGAGAGCAGAGGAGGGAAGAGCAGGAGGAGAAGAGACGCCUGGAGGAGAUGGAGAGGAGGCGCAAAGAGGAGGAGGAGCGCCGAAGGGCAGAGGAGGAGAAGAGGAGGGCUGACCGCGAGCAGGAGUACAUCCGCCGGCAGCUGGAGGAGGAGCAGAGGCACCUGGAGAUCCUGCAGCAGCAGCUGCUUCACGAGCAGGCCAUGCUCCUGGUGGACGAGCGUCACCGCAGGAGCGUGCAGGGCUCGCCUCAGACCGCAGUCCUGCAGAAGCAGCCUCCAGCCGUGCCACCGCGAUCAUCAGAGCCCUUCUCCAACGGCAGCAGCAGCAGUGACCCGCAGUGUGAUUGGCAGGAUCUGACGGCGCUGGCGAAGGAGCUGCGUGCGGUGGAGGACGUGCGGCCGCAGCACAAAGCCACGGACUACUCGUCCUCCAGCGAGGACUCGGGCACCACUGAUGACGAGGACGACGAGGAGGUGGAUCAGGAGGCGGGAGAGGAGUCGACGUCUGGCCCCGAGGACUCCCGUGCCGGCUCAUCCAGACUCAGUAAUGGAGAGACGGAAGCAGCUAAGACCAUGGUUGUCCAAGACAACGACGCCUCCUCUACUCCAUGCAAAGACAGCACGCUGAUCAUGAGACAGUUCCAGAGAGCAGGGCCUGUGACAGUGCUGGGAUCAGGCUGGAGUCCCAGUCCUGUAGAGAUUGGGCAGAGGAACUGCAUUAGGGGCCUGCCCGACCUGCUCCAGCAGUCCUCCUCGGCUCCCAGCAGCCCUGCCCUGUCCCCCCUCAGUCCCUUGGACAGAGUCCCGUGCCUAGCAGAGACUCCCACCGUGCCGAAGCACAAGUCUUCCUCGUCUUUCACGCCCUUCAUUGACCCGCGUCUCCUGCAGGUCUCUCCAUCCACCGGCAGCGCGCUCAAUAAUGCUGGUUACAGUAAUGAUGCUCGACUGCAGGAGGCUCUGCGGCAGGACGCGUCUCGUAAAGGAUCGGUGGUCAACGUCAACCCUGUCAACACACGGCCCCAGAACGACACGCCAGAGAUCCGCAAGUACAAGAAGAGGUUCAAUUCAGAGAUCCUGUGCGCUGCGCUCUGGGGAGUGAAUCUGCUGGUGGGCACAGAGAGCGGCCUCAUGCUGCUGGAUCGCAGCGGUCAGGGCAAGGUCUACCCGCUCAUCAGCCGCAGACGCUUCCAGCAGAUGGACGUUCUGGAGGGACUCAAUGUGCUGGUGACCAUAUCAGGGAAGAAGAAUAAAUUGCGUGUGUACUAUCUGUCCUGGCUGAGGAACAAGAUCCUCCAUAAUGAUCCUGAGGUGGAGAAGAAGCAGGGCUGGACCACCGUAGGAGACCUCGAGGGCUGUGUGCACUACAACGUUGUGAAGUACGAGAGGAUCAAGUUCUUGGUUCUGGCUCUGAAGAAUUCAGUCGAGGUGUACGCCUGGGCUCCCAAACCCUACCAUAAGUUCAUGGCUUUCAAGUCCUUCGGUGAUCUGGUGCACAAGCCGCUGCUGGUUGACCUCACGGUUGAAGAAGGCCAAAGGUUAAAGGUCAUCUACGGGUCCUGCUCUGGCUUUCAUGCCGUGGAUGUGGACUCGGGAGCCGUCUACGACAUCUAUCUGCCGACUCACAUCCAGAGCAGCAUCCAGUCGCACGCCAUCAUCAUCCUGCCCAACACGGACGGCAUCGAGCUGCUGGUGUGCUACGAGGACGAGGGCGUGUAUGUCAACACCUACGGCCGCAUCACUAAAGACGUGGUGCUGCAGUGGGGCGAGAUGCCCACCUCCGUCGCGUAUAUCCGCUCUAACCAGAUCAUGGGCUGGGGAGAGAAGGCCAUAGAGAUCCGCUCGGUGGAAACAGGCCACCUGGAUGGAGUUUUCAUGCAUAAAAGAGCACAGCGACUCAAGUUUCUGUGUGAGAGGAAUGACAAGGUGUUCUUCGCCUCGGUGCGCUCCGGCGGCUCCAGUCAGGUGUACUUCAUGACGCUGGGACGCACCUCUCUGCUCAGCUGGUGAAGAAGCGUCGGGGUUCUGGCCGCUGGAGGACUGACAAACACACUGAUGAUGCAGCCUGCUGCAUGAGGGACGGCUCGAGUGUCUACAGUAUUAUUGCUAGUCUGUGUAAAUGUCUUUCUCUAGAGUUUAAUCAAACCUGACUGCUGAGAGGAGUGCUGCUGUCGUGUCUCUCACUCACACAAUGGUGAAACGCUCAAUGGCUUUGUUUUGUCAUGUAUUUUUUAUUUAUGGCUUGUAUUUAUUUCUAGGGUUUUGUUUUUCUGAGCAGUAAUGUGGAGGGUUCCUGAGAGCUUGCUUUGUGUGGAGCGUCUGAUGAAGUGCACCGCUGCGUCAGCUUCAGUUCUGCUUCCGGCUCAUCAAACACAUGGAUUCAGAUCAAUUACUCUGUUUAAUGAAGACUGUCCGGUGGCUCUCUGUUGCCUCUCUUUCAUCAUCUUGUCUGCUC